CCCCUCCUCACACUCACAAAAGGUGAAGGGUCCUCACUCUUUCUCAUUUCCACAUCUCUGACAGAAAAAAAUGGAGAACUAUCAGUACCCGGCGUCGUACCCUGACUCCGGCGAGUCCUCCCCGCGCUCGCGCGAGAUCGACUUCGAGAACCCGCCGCCGUGGGACGAGCAGCAGAACCAAAACUACAAGGCCAAGUUCAUGUGCAGCUACGGCGGCAAGAUCCAGCCCCGCACCCACGACAAUCAGCUCUCCUACGUCGGCGGCGACACCAAGAUCCUCGCCGUCGACCGCUCCGUUAAGUUCUCCGCCUUCCUCUCCAAGCUCUCCGCCCUCUGCGACUCCCCGCCACAGGACCUCACCUUCAAGUACCAGCUCCCCGGCGAAGACCUCGACGCCCUCAUCUCCGUCACCAACGACGACGACCUCGAACACAUGAUGCACGAAUACGACAGACUCUAUCGCCCUAACCUAAAACCUGUUAGAAUGAGACUCUUCCUUUUCACACUCUCUAAUUCAAACCCUAAUUCCUCUUUCUCCUCCGAACGCGACCGUUUCGUUGAGGCUCUUAAUUCGGGUCCGGUUCCUUCUCAACCCGAUCCGAUCAAAACCCCACCCGUUACGCCUUCUAAUGUUGAUUAUCUCUUCGGUCUCGAUAAAGCCGUUGCUCCUCCAAAUCUUCCUCCGAACUUCGCAGCGGUUAAAUUCCACGAUCCGGUGCCGGAACCUGUCGCUCCGACGCCGGUAGAGUAUCAAUCGAGAGUUUCCGAUCGGGUUGUUGGAUCGGAUCCGAAUGUGAAUUCGAUGGAAAUUCAGAGACAGAUGCAGCAGGAGAUGCAGCGAUUGCAGAUUGCGGAGAAUGAAUAUCGUAGAAGGAGUGAGGAUGGAUUUGCAACUGGUUAUACUGCUGCAGCCGGAGGAGAUUAUUACAUGCAGAAGGUGCAGGAGAAGGUUCCGCCGCAGAAUGCGGCGGUGCCGCCUCCGGCGGCGUACUGGUCGGAGAAGCAGUUUUCCGGGGAGGGAUAUCAGACGACGGUGACGACGGCGGCUCCGGGAGGAGGUGACCAGCCGAUGUAUGUUAUGGCGGCGCCGGGGACGUUCUAUCACCACUCGCCGGUGAUGCGACCUCCGGCGGCGGCGCAGGGAUACUACGCUGUGCAGAGGAUGGGUUCUGAUGGCUACCGUGAACAGCAGGCGGUGUACGGAGGCAUGGCUGCGCCGAAAGCGGGGUUUUCGACGGCGGGGAUGGUUAAGGGGCCGGCGUAUUCGGAGGGAUAUAGUGGCGGCGUGGUGAGGCCGGCGGGGUUGCCGGAUAAUGCGGCGUAUGCGCAGGUGGCGUAUGAUAGCGCGAGUGGGAGACAGGUUUACUAUACUGCGCAGGGAGGAGUGGUGCACGCGCCGCCGCAGUACCAGGGGGGUCCGCCUCAGGAUGUGAGGCCGGGUGGGGUUUCGGUGGGGCAGGAUGGUAAGGUGGUUAACAAGGUUAACCAAGGUUCUGUGUGAUUAUAAUAGCUGUGAUUGAGAUUGUCAUUAUGUUAAUUUUGAAAUAAAUAAUACACUAAAUAUGUUUUGCUUUUUUUUUCAUGGUUUAUAUAUAAUACCAAUAUUGUUAGCUUAUAAUUUAUGGUUAUUGUUUAAAUUUCCUUCAA